AUGGAUUGCAAAGGAAUAGCAAAACCACUGAGCGUAUACUCAAUGAUUUCAUCUGUCAGUGGUACCUUCCUGCCACUAACCGGACUUGGGAACAUUGCUUUAAUUCUGACCAUUGUCAUAGAUCCGCUUAAAGAGCUGAGGACCCGCUUCAAUUUCAUCUACCUAAACGCCUUAGCUGCAGAUGCAAGCUUCGGAUUUCUCAUAGAUGGUUACAGGGUUUGGGGCAAUUACCUCAGAUCGACAGGCAUCAACCUAAAGAAGGAAUACCCAUACACUGUAUCUCUUGGAAAAAUGUGUCACGUGGUGUACUUUGGAGUCCAGCUGAUUUCUCUGUUAACAGUAGCCUUGCUGUUUGCAGACCGUAUCUUCCAUGUUGUUUUUGACAGCAGAAAACCAGCUUAUAUCGUUAUUUUCGUUCUCUCAGUUUUAAUUUGGGGCCUUGGACCUGGGAUAGCAAACCUUUAUGUCUCAGUAGGUUAUUCUUCCUUCGAAUUCACUCUCCUAAAUCUAAAUACAUUUUUGUCAGCUGCUGCAUUUUUGGCUGCCUCGUUUGUUUAUUACCAAGCAAAAAAUGAUGUCAAGCAAACAACUGACAAAGUUUCUUACACACCCAGCCACGCGGAAAACCUGGUCGCAGGUAAAGAGGAGAUCGACAACGUUACACAAAUGCAGCCUUCUUCAAGCGGAAAGAGCGUCGAGGUCACAACUGAUAAUGUAGAGGUACAAGAAGCCACGUCUAAAAGCAAUAAAGUUAGCUCAACUGUUGCAGUCAAGCAGCAAAGUGCAAACGCAGAUGCUACUGCUAAUGCCAAGUCAAAGCUUUUUGCAGCAGAGGUGUUGGUUGUUGCCACAGCAUCAAUGCUCUUCUUUGUUCUGCCAGCAGUUGUCAUUGUGUAUAUAGAUCACUAUGACAAGUAUCCGUCAUGCAUUGCAAAAUAUUGGAUAGGCAGUUGGAAACUGCUUUCAAUUGCCACCCAUAAGGCUUUCAAUCCAUUCAUAUGCAUACUGUUUAUUGGCCCAUUCAGGCGUGGAAUAAUGCACUUGCUCCACAUAAGAAGAGUCAAUCGUGUCAGCCCUAAAGGUGCAUAA